AUGAGCAAUAAUUAUUAGUAGUAUUAAAUAAAUGGGAAGUAAUACAACUUAAUCAAAAGGUUAGGGCAAGGUUAAUUUGGAGAUGUUUUUCUUCUUGAGGACUCUGCUUAAAAUAAGUUCGCUUUAAAGAUAAUAAAAAAGGAUAAGCUAUAAAAGAUUCCUUAACUUCUUUAGUACACUUAGAGUGAAAUUGAGAUUAUGGAAUAAAUAAAACACCCUAAUAUAAUGGAGUUAGUGUCUAGUUAAAAAAUGGAUGGCACUUUUUUUUUAGUUUUAGAAUAUUGCGAAGGAGGAGAUUUAAGAUAGCAUAUUCAAUCUCUUAUAAAAAAGAAAGAGUUAAGUUUUGAAUAAAUAUCUAGGGAGUUUUUAGAAAUACUAGAUGCAUUUGAUGUAUUACAUUCUAAUCAUAUAAUUCACAGAGACGUAAAGCCUGAUAACAUUCUUUACAAGAAUGGACAUCCAAAAGUAUCUGAUUUUGGUUUCUCCAAAAACAUCUAACAAUAGGAUGAUAUUGCUGCUACAACUUUAGGAACUCCAUAAACUAUGGCUCCAGAAGUAUUGGAAAGAAAGAAUUAUACUUAUUCAGCAGAUAUAUAUGGGUUAGGAUUUAUUUUAUAUUUCAUGAUUUAUCAAAAAUAUCCUUUUAAUUCAGUUCAUUAUGAGCUGAUUGUUGAGCAGAUAAAAAAACAGAAAAUAAAUUUUCCAGAAUCAGGAUUGCACGUUGAUGAGGACAUCAAACAAAUCAUCAAAAGAAUGCUGAGCUAUAAUCCAUAACUUAGGCCAUCAAUUGAUGAAAUAAGAUAAAUACCAUACUUUAAAAAACUUAGAAAAGAGGAGGAACAAAAUAUCAUCAAAAUGAAUAUGUCAAAACUUUCAAUUUAGGCCUUAUAAAUAGUUGAUAAUAUAAAUUAAGGUCUAUAAAAAAUUUAAGAGCAAUUAUAUUAAGAAGAAAAGAUAGAAAAUUAAUAAAACGAGGAAAACUAAGAAGAAAUAAAUAAAAAUCAGAAUCUAUUCAACACUUAAAAAUUAAAUUAUUAUCAAAUCAACUUAGAAAAACUGUUAGAAUAUUAAAAUAAAAUGUUAAAACACGAAUAGUAAUUAGAAUUUUACGACUAAAGCUUUAUAUACACUGCAGAUGAUUAAACAAAUGUUAUGCUCAAGUAGUAAAUUUAAGAAGGUAAAAUGUACUUGCUUUAAUUCAAACAGAUAAUUUAAAUAAAUUAAAUAAUAGAUCAAAUAUUAAAUGAUUUGCUUAAUAAUUUUAAAUCUAAAUAUGAGGAAGAAAUUAAAUAGUUUGCUUUAUUUCUCUAUCAAUACUUUUAUUAAAUAGAAAAACAUAUUUAAGUACAACUCUAAUCAUAAGAAAUUUAAAAAUGUUUAAAUUAUGAUUUGCAUUUGUUAAGUGAAUAUUAAAGCUUUGAGGAAAUGAUGUAAAAGAAAUAAAGUUCUGUAUCUGAGAGUUCUCUUUUCAAUGAACCUUCCAAAUUAAGCAAUACUCAAAUAGAAAAAACUAUUUAAUACUGUCAAUUAUUUUAGAACGCAUACUAUGAACUCUCUUAAUAAUAAAAAGAUGAUAAAAAUAAAGAUGAGUACUAUUUAUUUUAACUUAAUCUGAGUAUACUAACCUUCUUCCUUUUAAAUAAAAUAAACUUAAAUAAUUUUAAUUUCUCUAAUUAUAUUGAAACUAUAUAUUCUUUAAAAUAAGAAGAAAACUCUUCAUUGGUUUCUCUAUUCCAACAAUGA